AUGUCGUCUGAGAACUCUUUCGGUCACUUUGUGGCGAAGAAUAAGACUGCCGUUGUUGCGUCGAUCGCCGCCGGUGCUACAGCAGUUGGGGCAUAUUACUACUAUCAGCAACUCCAGCAAACUAAACAAACUUCUGGAAAAGAAGACCAAGGUGAGGCCAAAGAGCUUGAAGGCGAGUCUAAAAGUGGUAAAAAGAAAAAGAAGAGCAAGAGAAAGCCUCAGACGUCUUCAGCACCCGCAUAUCCUGUUGAUGCAAACGGAGAACCAGAUUUGAGCAACGUUGCAGGUCUGAGUGAACAGGAAAAGGAUAAGAUUGCCGUUGGAUUGAAGGACAAAGGUAACGAGUUUUUCAAAAGCCAGAAAUUCCAUGAUGCUAUCCAGUUUUACACGCUAGCCAUCGAUGUUAAAAACGAUCCGGUUUUCUAUUCCAACAGAUCCGCGUGCUAUGUUUCUUUGGGCGAACAGGAAAAAGUUGUAGAGGACACCACUGCAGCAUUGAAGCUAAAACCAGACUAUUCCAAAUGUCUACUUCGUAGAGCCACCGCUAACGAGAGCUUGGGCAAUUUUGCAGAUGCCAUGUUUGACUUGUCUGCGUUGAGUUUGUACGGCGACUUCAACGGAUCUUCUGUGGAGCCAUUGCUAGAGAGAAACAUGAACAAGCAAUCGAUGCUUGUUCUCAAGGAAAAACUCGAGCAACACAAACCUAGCCAACUACCUGCCAACACGGCUUUGGCCUCAUUUUUCGGUAUUUUCAAGCCUGAGACAUCUUUUGACAACUUUGACGAAACAUCCGAGGCAGACCGCACUUUGGUCAAAGCAUUGACCAAGUUGUAUGAAAGAACCGCCAACGGGUAUGAAGAAGCUGACAAAUCUUUCUCCAAAGCUCGUGAACUUUACAAGACCUUACUAGACGAGUCCCCUGAUAAUGAAGAAAUGAAAAAGAAGGCUGCCAUUGCUUUAGAACACGUUGGUAUCUUCAAGUUCCUGAAGAACGACCCCUUAGCCGCCCACGAAGAUUUGAAACAGGCUGUUGAAUACUUUCCAAGACCAAACUCCUAUGUGUACAUGGCUCUCAUCAUGGCCGACAAGGGACAAGGUGAGGAAUACUUUGAGAACUUUGAAAAAGCACUCAAGAUAGAUCCAGAUUGUGCUGCUGUAUUCUACCACCGUGGUCAGAUGUACUUCAUCACCCAGCAGUUUGCCGAAGCAGGUAAAGAUUUUGAAAAAGCUAAAGAACUUAACGACUCAAAUAUUUUCCCUUACAUCCAAUUGGCUUGCUUGACAUACCGCGAGGGUAAAAACAGUGACAGCGAAACUCUUUUCAGCGAGGCGAGGAGAAAGUUUCCAACAGCUCCAGAAGUACCCAACUUCUAUGCUGAAAUUCUUGCCGAUCAAGGUGACCUUGCUGGCGCAAGAAAACAAUACGAGAUUGCUGCGAAACUAGAAAAUGCUUUGCCAGGGAUCCAUGUAGGUGUUUCGCCAUUGAUUGGCAAAGCUACUUUGUUGUCGAGAGAACCCACUGUGGAGAACUUUGUGGAAGCUACAGAACUAUUCGAAGAAGCUUGCAAAAUCGAUCCAAGAUCUGAACAAGCCAAGAUCGGUUUGGCUCAGCUGAAGCUUCAACAGGAGGACAUUGAUGAAGCUAUCGCUUUGUUUGAAGAAGCUGCUGACUUGGCCAGAAGCUUUGACGAGAAACUACAGGCCACUACGUUCGCUGAAGCUUCCAAAAUCCAGAAGAAGAUCAGAGCUGAUGAAUUCAUGAGCAAGAAGAUCGAUGAAACUUUGGCAGCAUACCAUGCCCGUGGUAUGGUGGGCUAG